AUGACUAUCAAGAGAACACAAGUAUUAUGCUUGUUUAAUGUCUGUCGACGGAGCUUCGCCUGUGUUCUUAAUAGACUUGAUAAAGUUUCUAUUUUUGCUUCAUGGGAUGCAUGUGAAGAUAAAUUUAAAAACCAGUUAGAUCUUCGAAGUAUUCCGACAGUUUCCACCAUACUCAGUAAAACAGCAUCCCUGCAGAGUACAGCUGCACUAAGAAAAUGGCAGGAAAAGAAAAAAAAUGAACUCGGUGAAGAUGGAUUCCAGGAGUACAUGCGAGGACUUCAGCUUAUAGGAAAAAGUGUUCAUUCCAACAUCGAAGCUCGACUUCUUAAGGGUGAAUUUCCUGCUAAUCUGCCAGAAGACAUCUCCAAGUCUACUGCUGUAGAAACUAAUUGUCUUCAUCCCCAGCUUUUGUAUCGCGGAAGGUUUGAUAGCAUAGUUUUUCUGAAAAACAUAGAUGAACCCAUUUUAACUGAGUGGAAGACAGUGCAUGAAUGCAAACGAAUAACGACUAUUGAUCAGACUUAUGACAGUCCACUGCAAGUUGCUGCGUAUAUUGGAGCUUACAAUUUUACACGUUACCCUUCAUCUCCACUGGUCAAAAAAGGUAUGCUGAUUUAUUCAUAUGGCGAUGGUUAUCCAGCAUCACGAAUUGUUUUGAAUGAGACUGACCUGUUACACUAUUGGGAUUUGUGGUGCGAACGUGUAAAAGCUUAUCGGCAUCAGUGUCGUAAUCCUCCAAAUGAAGAGUGA